AUGCCCUGCUUCAAAGGCCUUGCCGUGAGCAUACACACCCCCAAUGGGCCUUUGCCUGAAUACUCGGUGCAGAAGACCUCUCGCCUGUCACGAAUCAGUGCCUACAUCCCUGUGCCGCCUGCGAAGAUUCCUGCCGACUCGCUCACCGGCAAACCUGAGCAAUCCACCUUCGCAAUCUCCAUAACGCUGCUCACCCCUGGUCAAGAGGUUCCAUACGCCACUCCCAAAGCCGCACUGGACAGUCCAAAUGCCAAACCUAAACUUGUCGGAAAUCUACCUGGCCACACCGGUGAUCGAACAAAGUCCGCAGGCACUGUCACCCCCUAUGUGCCCUUGACCACUUCGCCGAAUGAGACCAUCGCAGCCUACAUUUACUUCGACGGGCGGGCAAAAGAAGAAGUUGCAACACUGUUGAGGAAAGGGGAAGAGACCUGGGUCAAUUCUCGAUGGGUUAGUGUCCCUGAAAAGGAAGGAGGCGGUCUCGCAGAGCGGGAGUUCUUGUUCCGUGAAGUGGGUCUCGAACGAUGGCUGAAUGGUCUGGACCUUGAAGGAAAAGACGCCGCCGCGACGAUAGAAAGACGAAGACAAAAAUUGGAGAAGCGCCGAAGAAAGAGAAAGGAGGUUGUUGGAAGUGAAGACGAAGCGAACGGAGAGUCGAAAGGACCCUCGCGGAAGAGCACGUUGAGGUAUGGCGAGAGGGGUGAGCUGCAGGAUGUCUCUGACGACGACGGGUCUCUCAGUGACUCUGGAAGCUCAGAUGACGAUGAUCCCAUCCCAGAAUCGACAGGUCAGAUAAAGGUCGCGCUAUUCCGCGUUCUAGCGUCAGGAGAGAUCAAGCGCGGAGAGUACUCGCCACAGUUCGACGCGCACGAUGACUCAGAAGACUCAGAUACUCCUGAAGGCGCAGCUCCGAAUGGGGAAGGCAAGAACCGAGCAGAUGUUGACCAUACUACCAGUUUUGCGAAGCCCAAAACUCUGGACCCCAAGAGCAUUUCGACCCAAACUGUGACCGGCAUUGAUCCGACUGACAAGCCUUACGCCGUGUUCACAUUCCUGUAUCGCGGAGAGCGUCAGCUGCAGAAAAUGGGCAUCCUUCCCACUCCAAAAUCAGAGAAAGUAGCUGCCAGCACAAAGAGACGCAGCAUUGUUGCCGACCUUCCGAAACUCGGGCCGCUCAAGAAAGAGGGGACUGCUGGGUUUUCGACAUUUCGAGAUGUGGAAGGGCGACAGAGCCGUAAAGGCAAGAAGAAUAGCGACGACGAGAUGGAGAGUGACGAUGAUGACGGGGGUGCGGGUAUCAUAGGCAAGAUGGAGGACAUCAACGACGCUGAAGUCAAGCGAGAACCUGACUUACUGUCUCCAGAAGACGCAGAGCGGACCGGUCAGGUGGCGGAGGGGAUCCGCAAAAUGAAGCUCAAGCGGCAACAUUCGGCCGAACCGCUGAACAGCAAUGGCGUCCCUGAAGCUCGCAAGAGCUCGAAGUCCGGCAGUCCUUCGACAGCCUCCACACCCAAGAUCGGAGAUGACGAUAUGGGCACAUCCCCUUCUGGAGCGAUCAAUGCUGGUAGCUCGGUGAAUGGCCCCGGCAUGGAUAUCAAGAAGGAAGAUGACAGCUUCAUGCUCGGAAGCCCCAUGAAAAGACACCGCGCAAGCGUAGCUGAAUUCGACGAUGAUAUCAAGACACGACUGGGUGCUGGUAUGUCAACAACUACAGGCACUAUUGGCGAAAUAAUGGGGUCUGCCGAACAGCCUCAGCUCUCCACGGCAGAGUCGACUGCUACUGGCCUCCAGCUUGGAGGAGCACUGCUAAAGGGCUCGGUCGACGAUGACGACGAGGAACUAUGA